AAAAAAUUGUACUUUUCUACUUCAUAAUGAUCUAAGCAACUAUUUAAGUACCUUUUAUAAAAUAUCCAGCUUUUAUUUUUAUCUCGGGUCUGAGGAGGAUUUAUACUGUUUUACAUUUGGGUCUUGAUCAUUAUUUUGAUAAGGAUUUUACACUCGUUAAAGUAAACAUAUGCAUUUUAAUAUUUUAUCAGGAUUUAUGUGGUCUUUAAAAACGUAAGAAAAUCAAUAUUGUAAAAGUUAUAUUUAACUUAAAAAUUAACAUUUUGACACCAGCUAUUUUGAGUUAAUGAAAUUAAAUAUUUUAUCAUUUAAGUUUUUGUGCCCCCAUUUCAGUAUCUUAAGGAUCUUACGACAAGGUUCCCGCGGCCUUGAAAAAGUCUUAAAAAGUACUUGAAUUUCAUUUUCAAGGGCCCCCAAAAAGUACUUGAAAAUAAUGCUAAGUCCUUGAAAUAUUCGAAAUGGCCUUGAAAAUUAUCAGAAACUCGCAAAAAUCGCCCCAUUUCCGGCAUUUCUGUGUUGGACUUCUCACGCAUGCGCGUAAGGACAAAAGAAUGACUUUCCUGCCUUUCAGACGAUGAUGACGUAAUGCUCUCCGCUCUUAUCAGUUGUUGACGUCACGAUUUCUCUCUUGCCAACGCGAUCGUUAACAAAGACUGGUUUGACUGCUAACUCAAGGAGGAUAAGUUAUAUAUCGAUAUAUUUUUACUGCGUUAAUUGAUAUCGUUGGUUUGUUGAACACGUUGGUUUGUUCGUAUUUUUCCUCGGUAGCACAUCCAGGCUAUUGUUUAUUAGUUAAAACAAAAUAAUGGGUAAAUGUAUUUUUAACAUUUUAUGGUUAAAUAAGCCAGAAUAUAGUGAUUGGCUGAAGCAAGGCGAUGGAAAGUUUAAAGCAUCUUGCCGAUUAUGCUCAAAGGAAUUUGAUAUCUCAAAAAUGGGAGAAUCAGCCCUGCGAUCCCACAAUGAAGGUAAAAAGCACAAAGAUCUUUUGAAGAAUUUCAAGGCAUCAAGCCUUAAAAAUUUUGUUGAGCACAAGCAGGUACUGAAUAUUGAGCAACCAGUGCCCAGUUCCUCUACAAGUAGCAUAUCUCAAGAAGCAGUGCCUUCUUCUAGUGCUGUUUUGAAUUUUGGCACUACUGAUAGCACACAUGCUGAGAUAAGAUGGGUGCUAAAGUGCAUUGAAAAUAAUUAUUCUUUCAAUUCGUGUCAAACAAUUGCCGAUAAAUUUAAAGACAUGUUUAGCGACAGUGUCGUAGCUAGAUCUUUUUCGUGUGGGAGCUAUUCUGGACAGCACUACUACCUCGAAAAUGCUGACCACUCUGAUGACAGCCAACACAAAAAAAGUACCAGUCAUCAGGAGAUGGUACUCGAAGAGGAUCCUUUCGAAGAAGAGCACUUCGACGCAGAACUCCUAGAUGAAGAGCUCCGUGAAGAAGAGGGAGUUCAACUAAAAAAUUUUUCGCUAGGAGAGAAGCGUUGCAACAACUACAUCAAACUACAAGAAAUUUGCACUCAACAUCCCGAAAUUGAAGCCAAAGACUCGGACAAUUUCGCAAAUAUGCAAAAAAGGAAGGCUUGGAUUAAGAUCCAUGAGCAAUUUAUUGGAAUUAAUGGAGGAGAAAAAACCAUUGGAAAUCUUCAAGGAUUAUGGAAAAGAUUAAAGAUGGCCGGAAAAGAGGAGCAUGACAGGAGAGGGCUCCAUGCCCGUAAGACUGGUGGUGGACCAGCGUUGCCUCCAAUCGAGGAAAAGUUUAACAAAAUUCUAUCUGUACUGGGCGACAAUGUUAGCCCUAUCAGAAAUGCUGAUGACCCGCCAUCACCAAUAGUAGGAAAUGUUGCUGAAACUUUUGAAGUUGAUUUUGAAGAAAA